UGGAGAGGGAGGUACGAGAGCGCUUGCCUUGGGAAGCUGCUUCUCUCUUUGGAUGUGUGGUGGCGAUGCUGAGAAGUACCGAUCUCUCACAAAGUGGGGAGAGAAAGCAGAGACUGUGACGCAUGUGGGAUUUUGCAAACGCUGAGGAUGUACAAGCCUGCGUGUCGCUGCUAAACCAGCACUGCCAGUCGACAGCGAGCUGCCGAGACGGAGAGGACGACUCCGACUCCUCAGACUAUCCAAAACACAUCGGGGCAUUGUGAGAGGAAGGGAUCUCCCCAACGGAAAAUGAGCAGAGUGGAGGAAUGGUUGCUGGAGAACAAAAAUAAGAUAGAGAAGGGAGUGGAGAUGAUUGGAGAAGGGUGCGAGGUGUUGGCCACCAGUGUGGGGAAGUUCCACCCCUUCCUGGAAGCCGUGUUUAUGGCCACUGCCCAGCUGCUCCGUGACCCGGGGAGCACAGAGAGCCGGUACCUGACCGAACAGUUCCAGAAGCUGGACCGGAAGCUGGCGACUGUGAAGGACGAGGUUGACAGCAUCGCUAGAGAGUUACAGCGCACCUCCAUGAACAAACAAAACUUUGACUGCGAGGCCCAGAUCAUCAGCCAGUAUGAGAAGUUCCAGGACUUUCUCAGCGCUCAGCCAGAUUUCAGGGAGAAGAAGAAGGAGAAGUUCCUCAGCCACUUCGAGUGCACAGGCGGUGACCUGAACCUGGACACCCUGUACAACGCAAUCACCAGCACCGAAAGGGAGCCCAUUUUGGAGACCGUCCUCGAAACCGAGCAGAAGAGCCGCAGGGCCGUGGAGGCGUUCUGCUCAGCGCUGAAGAAGCUCUUCGUGAUGGGCAUCAUAGCCAUCAUGGGCCAAGCUGCCCUGGAGCAGGGGCUGAGGAGGGAGGCCCCGGUGGAAGGGACCCUGGCUGGGGAUGCCCUUGUGGAAGAGGCCCUGGUGAACAAGUGGAAAGAAAGAAUGGAGGAUGUCGAGAGGCGCAUGAAGGCUGCCGUAGAUUACUGCACGGAGAACUUUGCCUCUCAAGCCAAGGACGACAUGGAGCGCCAGCUUUUGGAGAAAGAGGACAGUGACGGUGAGCAGUUCAUUGAGCCCCUCCUGACCUUUCUGUCCACAAAGUAUGACUGGGUCUCCUGGUCCAUCAGAGUUGUCAGUCACAGUGGGCUGCGUCUGUGGAACCGACUGGCUGGAAAGGAAUACCACGGCAGCAAUGGAAGCGGCAACGUUUUUGAAGUCCCAACCAAGGGCAAAAUCACGGUAUUCGUCUCCUUCAGCGUGCAGCCCACACCCAUCGACAAGGAGCUCAUCAAGGAGCAGAUCGAGAGUCAGCAGCUGAGAGGGAAAAUGUCAGACGUGGCCCUGACGCUCGGCGGCGGUCUGCCCAACUGCGCCGUCUACACCAUCAGCCGCUACAAGGACGUGAGAGAGUCAAACACCUUUCCGGAAGGCUGCUACUACUUUGCAGAACACAGGAGAGCGUACGUGUGCGUUCACUCCAAAUAGGCAGCGUUUCCCCUCCGUGAUCCACAUCCUGGACGUUUGCACACUUCAAUAUCAGACUGGAUAAUACAAAAUAUGAAAAGACAUAUGUGAUGGAAAUGGUGACAUGGACAGCAUACGAUACACAGGACAGUUUGUGCAAACGCAGCGCUUUAAAUCAAUGCAAUCGCAGUUAAUGGAACCCGCUUUAAAUUAUUCUGCAUACUGUGUUUGCUGGUAGUAAAUCUGAAGUAUAUUUUAAAAGUGUACUUACAGGCUUGAUGCUAGAAAUGUAAAAAAAAAAAAUGAAAAAAAACAAAUUCUUCUGAGAAUGAAAUUUACUAUUAAUACUCCGUUCGUCUUAAUACGCGUCCAUGGCUCGGCUUCAUUAUUUAGCUGUUUUAGAUGUAAUGAUUGAAAAUAAUGCAAAAAAA